GAAUUGUAAAAUUGUGGGCAAUUAAAAUAUUAGGAAUGAUAGGUACUUCUUGACCUUUAAAAUAUUUAUGUUGUUGGUAAUAUCAAAAACAGUGCAAACAUUCAGUAAUGAAACUACAGUAUGCUACCAGGAUAUCAAAUGUACCAAAUUAUAUUUGUUCUAUUUAGACUCUGUGUUCACCUUGCACUAAUUAAACAUUUCACACAAUUCGUCUCCGAUAAUGAGGAAAUGACGCACUUGGACCAAUAUUGUUGGAAAGGAUGAAGAAUCAAGAUGACCCGGUUGCCGAGGAAGUUCCGACGCGGUCAUGUGGGGGGGGGGGAGCCGCAGGCAGUGGACCGGCUAACUACAACUGGACAGACAGGUGGAGAAAGGUGUCAGCUCACAGAGGUGUUUAGCUUCCUUCUUUCCUCUCCACAGGUCCAGUUUUCAACUAACGAGAUGACCUACUUCGUUUUACUGCCAUUGCUGGCUAACCUGAUGUUCCUGUCAGCCAAAGCAUCCUACUCUGCAGGUUGCAUAGAGCGUGAUCUCUUCGGCACAUACCGAGUGCCAGAGCGGGGCGGCCUGGAGAUGCCGGUCUACCGCUAUACUCUGACCAACGGACAGACUUCGGCUCAGGUUGUAGAGUAUGGAGCCACCCUCACGUCAGUCAAGGUGCCUGACAGCAGCGGUUUCGUAGAAGAUGUCGUCCUGGGCUAUGAUACCCUUACAGAAAUGUUCAGCCCCGACAACCCUUACUUCGGUUCCACGGUGGGGAGGGUGGCCAACAGGAUAGGAGGAGGAGAGUUCAUUGUGGACGGCGUAAAGUACAGAGUGUCCCGGAACAUCGGCAACGACACUUUGCACGGCGGCUUCAGGGCGUUCGACAAGAAAUUAUGGAGCAGCCGGAUGGAGGGAGGUAGAGUUCUGAUGGAGUACACCAGCGAGGAUGGAGAGGAAGGGUUCCCAGGCCAGGUGUCAGUGACUGUAGCGUACUCUCUCCUGGAGGAUAACACUCUCGUCAUCGAGUACAAGGCGACGUCCUCCAAGCGUACUCCCAUCAACCUCACAAAUCACGCGUACUUCAAUUUGGCUGGACAUGGAGCUGGAGCAGCUGCGUUGUACAACCACACUGUCACUAUCACAGCUGACUACAUUACAGAAACUAGCGCGGAAUUUAUACCCACAGGCAAACUGAUUCCGGUGGGUGGAACCGAGUUCGACCUGAGACAGACGAUGAACUUAGGAGCUGCCAUCAAGAAGACUGCUAUUGACGGGUUUGACAACAACUUUGUUCUACCGGAGGACAGAGAGGACGGUGUUGUUGCUGUGGUGGAGGACCCUGCCAGUGGGAGACGUCUAGAAGUAAGGACGACUCAGCCAGGUCUACAGUUCUACACGUCCAACUCGAUAUCUUCUAUUCCUGGCAAGGGAGGUAAUACCUACACCAGACACGCGGCCUUCUGUUUGGAGGCUCAAAACUUCCCUGAUGCGGUGAACCACCAAGAUGAAUUUCCCAAUUCAAUAUACGGACCAGGGGACGUCUACAAUCAAGUUAUCAAGUACAAGUUUUAAUCAUCGAUUAUAAAAAGUGAGGAAAACAAUAAUUUGAAAUAAAAAUUAAUAAGCAAUAAAUGGAAUACAAUUUUCAUUAGCACAGAAGUGUUUGUUUUGUUUGUUUUGUUUGUUUGUUUUGUUUGUUUUGGAACUUCUCUAAAGAGAGGGAAUGUAGAAACACAAAAAUAUAGGCAUAACUAUGAAUUUUUGGCAAGUUAUUCCCAGGCCCAAAUGAAAAGGGCAGAAAAUUAAAAUAUUAAUUUGUUACAGUUUGUGCAUGGGUUACAGUUUUAGAGAAUUGCAUAUUUUUCAUAAAAUAUUAAUUAAGGAAUUAUUUUGUUAUCAGUAUAAAACAUUCCAUUCCCUCCACUUUGUUUACGUAAGUUUUUCAUACGUAAACGCUCUAUAACGUUUUUAAGCCAUUAUUCAUUAGCCAAUAUCAUAGCUUAGAACGCUGUGAUUUUUUAUUAUAAAAUAUUUACCUAACCAUACACUGUACCGUAGAUAAUAACAUUAUUUUUAACAAUCCCAGACUUUUUUAUUCCGACGGAGGAUUUUAUGAACAACGAUGGUGAAUUUUGAUUGCCUAAAGUUGACAGGAAAGUAUUGUAUUUAUGAAGGAUAGCACGCUUGCUAAGGAUUUUGUAUUUUGGUAUGAAGAUGUUAACUAAUAACUUAUUCUUUUAUAUAUUUCACGUAUGAAUUGUACUCUGCAACUUGGUUAAGACAUUAGAUGAUUAUAACUUAGUAAAUAAAAUGUAAUUGUUAUUUAAAUUAUUUUUUUGUUAUUAUUAUUAUAAAUAAAAUUAUUAAAGUA